CUGUCAGAUUUUUCAUCUGCACUUUAGUAGGAGACACAAUAAGAAACAUCAUAAAGAAAUUUACAAAUUUCUUUAUAAAUUUUAUUACUCGUCGAUUUCUCUGCACUCUUCUGCUUUGUUUAACAAUCUUAAAAUCUCUACAAAAUCAUUGUGAUAGUUUUUCAACCAAAACCAGCAAAUAACAAACACAGCAAAUAUGAGUUUCUUUGGCAAAAUGUUUGGGUCAAAAAAAGAGACUGGCCCAACAACUGGCGAAGCAAUACAAAAACUCCGUGAAACAGAGAAUAUGCUAAUUAAAAAACAAGAAUUUUUAGAAACCAAAAUCGAACAGGAACUCGAUAUGGCCCGAAAGAAUGCAUCAAAAAAUAAGCGAGCUGCCAUCCAGGCCUUGAAGCGGAAGAAGCGCUAUGAGAAGCAAUUGCAACAAAUCGAUGGUACUCUAUCUACAAUUGAAAUGCAAAGGGAAGCGCUCGAAAGUGCAAACACGAAUACAGCUGUUCUGACCACAAUGAAGAACGCUGCCGAUGCUUUGAAGGCUGCCCAUCAAAAUAUGGAUGUCGACCAAGUGCACGAUAUGAUGGACGACAUUGCCGAGCAACAAGACGUUGCCAAGGAAAUCUCAGAUGCUAUUUCGAAUCCAGUUGCCUUUGGAGCCGAUAUCGAUGAUGAAGAGCUUGAGCGUGAAUUGGAUGAGCUCGAACAAGAAAACUUCGACAAAGAAAUUAUUGGAAUUGGCGAGCCAACACCUCUUCCCGAAGUACCCACGGACGAUGUCAAAGAAAAGGCCGGUGGCACCAAACAAAAAGAAAAGAAACAACCAGCAAAUGACGACAUGAAUGAUCCCAGCAUGAAGGAACUCCUAGCCUGGGCUGAAUAAUUGAACCGUCUUUUGUCUCUUAAAAUAUAUAGAAAAAGUAUGCUUCGAUAUUUAUACAAUAAUAAAAAAUAAAUAACACUGAAAAAAAAAACAAAAA